AUGGCGACUCCUACGCCGAACAACACUCUUCGACAGCGAAAUGUGAAGAAGAACGUCGGCGUCAGCCCCAUCGCGGAUGCGGAGCUCGACAGCUAUGUCAAGGCCAACACCACGGCCAAGGCUGCGGGAUCGGAACGCGAGUAUCAGCUCGGUUUCGUCGUCGUGACCGUCCUGGCUUUCCUCACUCGAUUCUGGGGUAUCAGCCACCCUAACGAAGUCGUCUUCGACGAGGUCCACUUCGGCAAGUUCGCCUCAUACUAUCUCGAAAGAACCUACUUCUUCGAUGUGCACCCUCCCUUUGGCAAGCUCCUCUUCGCUUUCAUGGGAUGGCUGGUCGGAUACGAUGGCCACUUCCACUUCGAGAACAUCGGGGACUCCUAUAUCGUCAACAAGGUUCCUUAUGUGGCAUUCCGUUCCAUGCCCGCCCUUCUGGGUGCCUUGACGGUCUCAGUAGUUUACCUGAUCAUGUGGGAGUCGGCAUACAGCCUGCCUGCCUGCAUUGUGGCCGCUGGUCUCGUCCUUCUCGACAAUGCCCACAUCGGCCAAACCCGCCUGAUUCUGCUCGAUGCCACCUUGGUCUUUACCAUGGCUUGCAGUCUCCUCUGCUACAUCAAGUUUUACAAGCUUAGGCACGAGCCAUUCUCCAGGAAGUGGUGGAAGUGGCUCAUCCUGACUGGCUUCGCCCUGUCGUGUGAUAUCUCGACCAAGUACGUCGGCACAUUCGCCUUCGUGACCAUUGGCUGUGCGGUCAUCAUCGACCUUUGGGAUCUUCUGGACAUCAAGAGGGUGGGCGGGGCUCUGACCCUGCCCGAGUUCGGCAAGCACUUCGCUGCCCGUGCCUUUGGUCUGAUCAUCAUGCCUUUCCUGUUCUACCUCUUCUGGUUCCAGGUCCACUUCGCUAUUCUCAGCCGGUCCGGCCCUGGCGACGACUUCAUGACCCCAGAGUUCCAGGAGACUCUGAGCGAUAACGUCAUGCUCGCCAACUCGGUCACCCUCAACUACUACGACACCGUUACCAUCCGGCACAAGGAGACCAAGGCUUACCUUCACAGCCACGAAGACCGAUAUCCUCUGCGCUAUGAUGAUGGCCGUGUCUCUAGCCAGGGCCAGCAGGUCACCGGUUACCCAUUCAACGACACGAACAACUACUGGCAGAUCAUCCCCCAGGACAACAACCAGCAGAUGGGUCGCGCGGUCAAGAACUCGGACAUUUUGAGGCUCCGUCAUGUUUUGACUGAUACCAUUCUUCUGUCUCAUGAUGUUGCAUCGCCGUACUAUCCCACUAACCAGGAGUUCACCACCGUCUCCCAGGAGGACGCCUAUGGGGAGCGACAGGCUGACACCCUUUUCGAGGUUCGGCUCAUGGGUGGGAAGCCGGGGCAAGAGGUGAAGACUAUUUCUGGCCAUUUCAAGCUCAUUCACAACCCGAGCAAGGUGGCCAUGUGGACUCAUACCAAGCCCUUGCCCGAGUGGGGAUUCAAGCACCAAGAAAUCAACGGCAAUAAGCAGAUCGCACCAAGCUCAAACGUCUGGUUCUUUGAGGACCUCCCCACUCUCCCCGAAGACGACGCCCGUCGCGUCAGGGAGGAGAAGAAGGUCAAGACACUGCCCUUCCUCCGCAAGUGGUUCGAGCUUCAGCGGUCCAUGUUCUGGCACAAUAGCCAGUUGACUAGCAGUCACCCGUAUGCCUCGUUCCCCUACCAGUGGCCUUUCCUGCUUGGUGGUGUCAGCUUCUGGACCAACGCCGAGACCCGCCAGCAGAUCUACUUCCUCGGUAACCCUGUCGGCUGGUGGAUUGCUAGCAGUCUUCUCGCAGUCUACGCAGGUAUCGUUCUUGCCGACCAGUUCACCCUUCGCCGCGGCAUGGAUGCCCUAGAUCACCGUUCUCGAUCUCGCCUUUACAACUCCACAGGUUUCUUCUUCCUGGCUUGGGCGACCCACUACUUCCCUUUCUACGUCAUGGGUCGCCAGUUGUUCCUGCAUCACUACCUUCCGGCUCAUCUUGCAUCCACACUAGUCACUGGUGCUCUAGUCGAGUUUGUCUUCGCCGCCGAGCCGGCCGAGAAUGAGAUCACGUACCAAGCUGCCAAGGCCGGCAAGAAGCCGGCUGUCAAGCGCCACAUCACCGCUCGUGAGCGCUUCGCCGGCACAAGCAUGCUGGGCUCCUGGAUAGCCGCAGCUGUUAUCCUCGGUCUUGCCGCCUUUGGGUGGUGGUUCUUCUUGCCGCUGACCUACGGCUACCCGGGCCUGACGGUCGAGCAGGUCCUCAGACGCAAGUGGCUUGGAUAUGAUCUCCACUUUGCCAAAUAA